AGCAAAGACCCGGCUCUUAGUGAGCUCCUCAACGGAGAGUAGAAUCCCCUUAAGGAUUUGAACUCCGGGAACAACUCGGUGAACUUCAUUGUUGGUGAUAUCUCUUCUCCUAUUAUUUAGCUUUGCUUUUGUGCCGCUUUAGAUCUAGUCGCUGUUUGCGCCAUACUCUUGUUUGUGCACUAGAUCUACUUGUAGUGUUCCUUUAGUGGAUCAGACAGUCUGAUCCAACAUCAGACUAUUUGAUAUUUUCGGAUAGUCUGACUGUGGAUCAGACUUUCCGACCCUAACUCAGUUUUAGCUUCCGCAUAAAGUUUUAAAUUAGCCUAUUCACCCCCCUCUAGGCCUAAUUGACCCUUUCAAUUGGUAUCAGAGCCUAAUCUCCUAAUUAGGCUUAACCACUUGGAGAGAUCAUGUCGGGCCAAACGGGGGAAGGCAAAGAUGGUGAUAAGGGAGUUAUGUUUCCUUAUGACUAUCCAACUACAUCUACAUUUUAUGUGAGUACCUAUAGCGGCAAAGCUCCGUAUUUCAAUGGUACGGACUAUGCCGCUUGGAAGCAUAAGAUGAAGAUGCAUUUGAAGUUUAUUAACCCAUCUAUUUGGAGAAUAGUCAAAAAAGGCUAUGUUUUGCAGAAUCCCGAAGAUCCCACCAAGGAGGACGAUGAGAACGAGCACAAGAACGCUCAAGCCGCCAAUGCAAUACUUAGUGCCUUGAGUGGAAGUGAGUUCAACCGUGUGGAUGGCAUUGAGAGUGCCAAAGUGAUUUGGGACACGCUUCGGAACUUGCAUGAAGGCACGGAUAGUGUUCGUGAGUCCAAGGUGGAGAUCCUCAAGGGGCAAUUUGAGAGAUUUGUGAUGUUGGAUGGUGAGAGCCGAAGUGACAUGUAUGACCGGUUGAGCAAGAUCGUCAAUGAGAUCAAGGGACUUGGCUCCAAGGACAUGACCGAUGAGGUUGUGGUCAAGAAGAUGGUUCGAGCCAUCACUUCAAGGAACUCUACCUUGGUUACCAUCAUUCGUGAGCGUCCGGACUACAAGACUCUCACACCUCAUGAUUUGCUCGGACGCAUUCUUGCCCGUGACAUGCUUGUGCAAGAGUCCAAGGAGGUCAUCCAAUACAUCAACCAAGGCUCAAUGACAAGCAUCAAGAAGGAAGACUUGGCAUUGAAGGCAAAGGAAGAAGAAGAAGAGAGCCGCAAGAGCAAGAGCAAGGAGGAGAUCGAUGAUGAAGAUAAAAGCUUAUCCUAGAACAGAUUAGUUAACUUAUUCAUGAUUAUAGCCUCUGACAAGCCAAAAGCCCCUAAAUCCCCUUGCAUAUUGUGGACUCUUAAUUCAGGGCAGGGUGGAUUGUUGCAGAUGUGAGAUUGCAGGGGUGUAUAGGCUGAACUUAAACAAUCCGGUCAUUGCACUUUUAGAAUAAGACUAAGCUCCCUUUGACGGUCAACAAUCCAUAAAACCAAAAAGUUGGCUUAUGGCAUAAUAAGCCUAAGCUAGAGCUACACAAAAUCAAUCCAUACAGAACAGAGAACAUGAUAACCAAACUUCAAAAAGGGGUACAAAGGAAUUGAACAAUUAUUUAUUCGGUGCAAAAAUAUUAAUUGCACAACUAUUACAGCUUGCCCUAAAUAAAUGAACAAAAUAACUUAAGAUGUAUGAUGACAUAGUAUACCUCAACCAAUCACAACACGUGACAUGCUUCUCCCUAAACAAACCAGCAAAAAACCCAAACUUCAAAUAUAUUUAAAGUCACAACUUGUAAAGUGCCACAUACAAAAUGCAAAAUGUUGCUAAACUAAAGCCAUGCAAAAUACAAGAGGAAGCUCAUAUUAGGAUUAGUUAUGCACUAAAUGUAAUUGUUCGUUAACCGAGUUGUUCUGGCUGAGUGGGGGCAUAUUAUUAGUUCUCCUUUCUACAUUUGUCCUCGAAUUGUUUUGUUUUGCUUGAAUUCGGAAAAACCUAGCUUUGUGCACGUCAUUGCUAAUACAGUGGGAAAUUGACUUUAGCUUAUGUUUACUAACUAUUUUGAGAAUGCAGCACCAUAUAUUGUCAAAUUACUUGGAACUCAAUUAUCUAAAGAGCAUUUCCAGUAGAACAAAACUAAAAGGAAAACGUGUUGCUACCUUGUUUACUAAGAUUAAGCAUCCAAGCUAAAAAAAAAAACUAAUAGCCUAAUAGGUAUAAUCAUAUCAAGAAACUGUCAUGAGGAUUGCGAACUGCUUACUCUAGAAUGAUAUGGAGGUGACUCCUUGUCUUCAAUGAUCCAAGAUACUUCACAAUAUUUUUGUGAUUCAGAUUCUGCGUAAAGUGGCAGAACUUAGAAUUCGCAGCAAUACAAUUUUCUUGCGAACGUAUAUACAUUUCAGAUAUCAAGAACCAUUUAAUUUCAAGUACAAUAGAUUAUAGAUGUGACCACUAACCACAGAAGAAGGAACGGUAUCAUUUUUCAUUAAAUUUUGGGCAUCAGGGCAUCCAUAGGAACAUGUAGCUAAACAUUUAAAUAGAAGCUUGUUGGGUGUAUAAAAAUAAGUAUACAUUGAUGGAACUCCAAAAUUUUCUUCAUAAAUUUGUUCAUGUAAGGCUAUAGCUAUAGAAGCAUAAUGAUAAUAGCAACACUUACAUCCAAAGAUAAAGGGGAACAGAUGCAACAAAAACAAGGAUAGGCACACCUGGAGAUGCCUCCUUUGAUGAUUUAUUCCCACCUAAGAAGCGAGGAGAUCAUGGGGCUGAAGCUUCAACAUCCACUACUGGUGAAGAGCUUCAAUACAAUGGUGCACAAAAUGAUCUCGCGAAGGAACUCAAGACUAGGAUGGCUCAGAAGCAGAAGGAAAAUGAUACUGAGCACAUGAAUGGUGGAAAACUUCUUGAAUAUGUCAUGCGUUUGAGGGAAGAAGAUAUUGAUGGAACGGCAUUUGAUGAGACUAUUCCUGGAGAGAGUCUUUUUCCUUUGCAGGUAUGCGAUGCCCUAAAGCUCUGAUGUUUCUGUGACUGAUGUGUACCUUUAUCAUAAUGUAGCAAUGCUCUUGCUUAACCUUUUCUUUUUAAGUUUGAGUAUGUAUUUGUCUUAUAUAUGGAUCAAGUGUCCAGCUACGCAACCAAGAAGUGACAUUUGCCAUGGACUUUGGCAGCACUCAUUUGCCUUCUCAUGUAUUCAAAUAUUGCAUUAGGUGUCAUUUCAUGUGCAUGCUAGCACCAAGGUCCAGCAGAAGCACCCAGAGUACUGCAGAAGUUUUAGAAUCCAACUGCAUCUGCUGGCAAACUGUCUACGUAGGAGGAUAGAUUGUGCUAGUUAACACUUUAUUCAUCUUUUUUGAAAGCAGGUUUUCUGUGCCUAAAAUGUAUGGAAAGGUUUUUUGUAUUUUCUUAUUUAUGUGCAUCCCUCGCUGUGACUACUAUUCUUGUCUACAAACCUA